GCAGCAGACGAGCAGGACUUAACAUGACCUCACGAAUCUGGGACCACUUUACUCAACCAGGUGAUAAAGCUGGGAAUAUUAAGGCUGAGUGUAAGCAUUGCAAAGCGAAACUCUCCUGCUCCAAGGAUGUCACUUCCAACCUACACAAAAAUAUGAAGAGAAAAACACAGCGAGGUGUAUGAGGAAGCACACACAUGUCACAGUCUGGUGAGACCAGUAACUACAGUCAAUCAACUCUGGAUGGAUUUGUCAAACAUCCUAAGAAAUAUUCGCCUCACGAUGUUAGACAAAAUCAACUCAACAAUGCACUUGUCCUCUUUGUCGCAAAUGAUCUUGUUCCAUUUUCUGCGGUAGAGAGCUUUAAAUUCCCAUGGUCUGAUGCUACCAUGAUGCUGUCUGCUGAUCCUCGGCACCAGAUUCCGACUCGAAAGCACCUGGUGAACAAACUACUGCAAGAUAAGUUCACUGAAGUUAGAUGUUCUGUGAAAGCACAGCUUGAUUGUGCACAGACUGUUAGCCUUACGCUUGACAUCUGGUCUGAAAGGCAGAUGAGAUCUUACCUAGGAAUUACUGCUCAUUUCAUCCAUAAUUGGUCCUUGAAAACAGCCGUUCUGACCUACAAGCGCCUUCGUGGCCGACAGACAACACACAUAAUGGAAGAGUAUGAAGAAACUGUACAAAUCUUUGAUAGACAUUCAAAAAUCACAAACAUAAUAACAUACAAUACUGCAAGUCUGGUCAUAUCUUGCAUUAGGGGCCUCAAAAUCCAUCUAAACCAUAUGGAAUCCAUGUAUAACUCCACACUGGUGACAGGACUUAAGAAAUCUAUAGCGAAACGUUAGAUGCUCUAUAAGGAGAGAAGAGUUUUUAUACUGGCAACAGUUCGAGACUCAUAGUUUAAGCCCUGUUGUGCAAAGAUGAAGAAGAAAAGGAGCUCGGAAAGACUCAAAGAGGUUAAGCAAAAUCCGGGUGAAGUUAUAUAAGCGGCGUCGAAGGAGCCUGUGCCGGGAGAAAGUUCAGAAUCUUUCCCUUCCAAGAGGAAGAGGAUAUUCAUACACAGAUAUGCUCUGCCUGCCUUAUCUACGAUGCAUUUUCUGCUCUUGUUGAAAGGCUUUUCAGAAUUGCUGGAAGUGUUUAAGCCUGAGAGAUGUCGUCUUCCUGACAAAAACUUCGAAAGUGUGAUGUUCAUAAAGUGCAAUGAUGAUGUACCCUUAGAAGCUCACUUGUAUGUAUUUCUUAUUUUGAGUAAAUUAUCUAUUUUCUUUGCCUUAUUUAGGAGCAAAACUGGAACUAAAAUGUAUCAAAUCUCAUUUUGAAUUUCAUGUGCCACAAUAAAUCCAAUUACAUUUUAUGAAAUAAUUCUAUGGUUACUUUUGUACUACAGGAAAAGUCCCAAAAGGAAAAUUAAACAAAAAAGUUGCACAGUGAGUCGCAUGAAAAACAAAUUUAUAUUCAAUAUAAUUGGCCGCAUUUAUCCGCUAUUUUCAAUUAAAAAACUAUAUUAUUAAUGCAGAACAAGUUUUAAUGCCUUGAUACCUUUAUUUUCUGCAUCAAAUUUAGUUUUAUUACUGAUAUGAGAAAUAUACGGAUAUUAUUAUUUAUUCAAGUUAUCCAUCAGCUACAUGUACUUGCAAUUCUGUGAUAAAAAAGUGGUGUGCUAAAGUAAAGAUAAAAUUUCCAUAUACUCUUGUAUAUCGAAUCCCACUUUUUAAGUGCACUAAUUAAUGUGGACAUACGAAAAAUACUAACAUUUGUGCUUUAAGAAAGUACUUGUACUUGGGAUUAAAUACAAUGACAUGUACUUGGGCUUGGACUGAAGUGCAUAGCAAAGUGACUGUACUUGUACUUGUACUUGUACUUGGACCUAACCCUACUUGCUACACACUGGACAUAUUUAUAAUACGUGGCAUGCAAGUGUAUUGUUAUUUAUUCGAUCGUCAGGAUAGGUUGUUGCUGAGCAGGUAUCAGAAUUGCAGUUAGAAACA